GCAGACCGAAAGGCAUCAGUUCGCUUCGAAGACUCGUCGUCUGCAACACACCAACGACAAACAAUAUAUAUAUAUAUAUAUUUCUUAUAAUUAUAUUAUCAUCGUAACCACCGUCCAAUAGCAUCCACCAUGGCACACUUUAAGGCUUGCAUCGUUGGUCUGGCCCUGAUCGGUCUAUGCGCCGCUGACACUAAGCAGACAACCAAACGCAGCUACGGUUCCGAAGGUUUGGGAUACUCCUCCGGCUUGGGCUACUCUUCCGGCUUGGGAUACUCAUCUGGCUUGGGAUACUCCUCCGGCUUGGGCUACUCUUCCGGCUUGGGAUUAUCCUCCGGAUCGGGAUACUCAUCCGGUUUGGGCUACUCCUCCGGUCUGGGCUACGGCUCCGGCUACGGCUACGGCUCUGGUUACGGCGCUGGUUACGCUUCCGCUGCCCAGGUGCCCACCAGAGUGAGCCAGUCCGACCAAGUGGUGUCCGUGUCCGUGCCACAACCAUACGCCGUGCCCGUCACCCGCCACGUGCCCGUGUCCGUGCCCCACCCUGUGCCCGUGUCCGUGCCUAGAGCCGUGCCGGUAAGCGUACCACACCCGGUCCCCGUCACCGUCGACAAGCCGUACCCGGUUGAUGUGCCACGUAGCGUGCCCGUCAGCGUACCGCACCCAGUGCCGUACACGGUCAACAGGCCUGUGCCAUACGACGUGCCGUCACCGUACCCCGUCGAAGUCCGUCAACACGUGCCAGUCUCCGUGCCAACGCCCGUCAUCGCCCCAGCACCAGCCGUUGCAGUGUCUGCAGCACCGUCUUACGCUUACGCCGCCGCUCCAUCUUACGGAUCUUUCGGAUCGUCUUACGCCGCCGCUCCAGCUUACGGAUCCAUCGGAUCCAUUGGAUCAUCUUACGCUGCCCCGGCUUACGCAUCAUCUUACGGAUCCAUUGGAUCCAUCGGAUCGUCUUACGCCGCUGCUCCAGCUUACGGAUCAUCUUACGGAUCCAUCGGAUCUAUCGGAUCAUCUUACGCCGCCCCAGCUUACGCAUCGUCUUACGGAUCCUACGGCUCCUCUGGUAUCUCUGCUUACAGCAGUGGACUCAGCCAUUACGGAGCGUCUCUGUCCGGUUCGUCUUACGGACACGACUUCAAGAAAUAAUGCGUCCACCAUCUAGAUCCAUUUCUCCGCAACCGUUCGCGUACCCAAGCCAGUUCAUACUAUCCACGAGUUUCCACGUCAAACAACCGUCCGACGACACUAUUGUUCUUAUAAUCUUUAUACUCCGUAGUAUGUUUACGUCAGUUUGCGUACGAUUGAUCAUCGCAAUCUCAUUUUUUUUUUAUCGUGUAUACUUACCUAAUUUUAAGUGUUAUGUCGUGCUGUAAACGCGUACGUGUGUAUAACAGCAUCAUUUCAUUUGACAAAAUAAAACUAGAAAAAACAAAA